CGCCGAAACUUGUGACAAAUUUGACUUGUAAACAAAAUUGAAGUUAUUUAAAAGUUAUAAAUUAACUGAAAAAUGAGUCUCUGGGUUGAUAAACAUAGACCAAAAGAUUUAAUGAAGUUGGAUUACCACAAAGAACAAGCUGUACGUCUGAAAAAUCUUGUGCAACAAAGUGACUUUCCUCACCUUCUUAUUUACGGGCCCUCUGGAGCCGGUAAGAAAACACGAGUUAUGUGCUUAUUGAGAGAGCUUUAUGGAUCAGGUGUGGAGCGCUUAAGGCAAGAAACAAUGAAUUUUACAACACCCUCAAACAAGAAAAUCGAAAUUAUGACAGUUAGCAGUAACUAUCACAUUGAAGUUAACCCAACCGACGUCGGAAUUCAUGAUCGCGUUGUUAUUAUGGAUUUAGUAAAAAACGUUGCUCAAACUCAUCAGAUAGAUUCAAACGGACAACGUGAAUUCAAGGUUGUCAUUUUAAAUGAAGUAGAUGAUUUAACCAAGGACGCACAACACGCAUUACGUAGAACCAUGGAGAAAUAUGUGGCAACUUGUCGUCUCAUACUUAUUGCUAAUUCUAUUUCUAGAGUCAUUCCAGCGAUAAGAUCACGUUGUUUGACCAUAUCAGUACCUGCACCCACUGAAUCUGAAAUUGCAUCAGUGCUUCAACUUGUUUGUAAAAAGGAAUGUCUAAGCUUAUCUAAUGAUUUAGCACUACGUAUAGCCAAAUCUGCUGAUCGUAAUUUACGCCGAGCAUUACUCAUGUGUGAGGCUUGUAAGGUCCAACAAUAUCCCUUUACACCCGAUCAAAAAGUGCCAGAACCGGAUUGGCAAACAUUCAUAAGAGAAACUGCAUCAAUGAUUUUAUCAGAACAGUCCCCAAAAAAACUAUGUGAAGUACGUCAGAAACUUUAUGAACUAAUAAUACAUGGAAUACCAACAGAGACUAUAUUUUCAGGAUUACUUAAAGAAUUAGUAAGAAAUUGUGAUAUGACUUUAAAAUGUCAAGUAGCGAGCUAUGCAGCACGAUAUGAGCAUAGGAUGCGAUUAGGGAAUAAGCCAAUAUUCCACCUUGAAGCUUUUGUUGCUAAAUUUAUGGCUAUUUAUAAGAAAUUUAUGGAAGAAUCUUUAGGAGAUAUGUUUUGAACAGACUUAUUUUUUUUUUUUUAAUUGUGUAUUAAGUAAAGUGGGAAUAAUUGUGAAUAGCUUUUAAUAAACUUAA